GUGCUGUGGAUUUAGCAUGUGAUCUCCUCACGGGUCAGAGCUGAUAAUGUCAGUCUGAGUUAGGGCUGCGCACAACCAGGUACUCUGACAGGGUGGAGGACCUAACCCAGCUGUCACUGUGGACACACAGGUGUCACACAGAGACAUAGAGCUUCAUCACCAUGGCUACACACCAGGACCACUGUUCUGGCAAACCUGACAGUAAUUCUGAAGAGGAAGACCAGCACAGAAAACCUAAGCACAGUGGCCUAAGCCCAGAAUCCCUGUCUUGGGAGGACGAGAACUUUCCCAUUUUCACACCAAACACUGACAUAUCCAAGCUAUCAAAGGCCAGUGAAGAAAACACAGCUGAAGAGGUUCAGAAUUCACCUGGCCCAUCACAGAAACAGGGGAAGAUCCCAGGGUAUGGAAAAUUUGCUGCUUUCCUACAAGACCAAGAGGAAAAUGAUGAAGAUUUUCUGGAUGAGGAUGCCCUAUAUGCACCUGAGGAAGAGGAAGACAACAGUCCUGGGAGAGGACAACUGGAAUCUAGCUUGCACUCAGAUGACGCAGAAGAAGACAUGAUUCCUGUACAGAAUCGUAAGGUUAGCAUUCCAUGUGUGGAAACAGAAAUACCCUGCAUUUUUGCCAAGCAGGAAGGAGAAGCCCGGAAUCUGAUGGAGGAAGAGGAUGCUCAUAUUGCAACAGAAAGAGAAAUGGAGGCAGAAUAUUCCACUCAUGCACACGAAGGGGGCAGUCUUAUCUCUGAGGUGAGACUGGAGGCCAUAAGUUCUAAUGAGAAGCAACAGGGAACCACAAAUGUGUAUGAUGAAAGAGGAGAGGCUAGGGUUUCUGUGGAAGCACAAGCCUGUGCCAACAUGCCAAGUAUUCAUGGCCCGGCUCAAGAGGUAGAGAUAAUUUCAGACAAAAAGCAGGUGUCCUCUUGCCAGCAAGAUAAAGAGGCACACAUUUUCACGCAGCAACAUGUGAGUGCCGACAUAGCUACACAGGAACAAGAAAGGGCUCACACACCAAAGGAUCAUAAAAAAGACAUGGACAUUCCUUCAUCAGCGGUGGGGAACACAGCGUGUCCUUCAUUUGAACGGGAGGAAGUCAGUCCUAAGCUAUUAGAGAAAGAGGAGCCUGCAUUAACUGAAUGUAUCCAACAGGGGGAGUCGCUGCUUCACCGCCUGCAUGUGGUGCAGCAGAAACAGCAAAGCCCUGAGGAGUCAGAGGAGUUUUCAGUCAUGACCAAUCAGCCAGCAGUAUUUGAAGGGAAUACAGAAGCUUUGGAAGGAGGAAAUAAUUUGACAGAUCCUGACACAAACUCCUGUGGAGAGGAGAAAGAUGAAGAUGCUCCGUCUCCGUCUCAAGGCCUGGAAGAGCCACAGGCUAGGGCUAGUGUGGAGAUGCAGCCCAGCCAUGGAGAUGAACAGGCUAGGGCUAGUGUGGAGAUGCAGCCCAACUAUGGAGAUGAACAGGCUAGGGCUAGUGUGGAGAUGCAGCCCAACUAUGGAGAUGAACAGGCUAGGGCUAGUGGGGAGAUGCAGCCCAGCCAUGGAGAUGAUCAGAGUGACAGCGGAGUGUCUGCUGACUCCUCCACAUGCGGCAUGCAGGAGCCCCAGGCCUAUGCUGCUGCAUCCACAUCUGCAGCCCAGCAGCUGCCACCUGGAACCCCAGCUCAGAGGAAGCGCCAUGAAAGCUGGGAGCCUGCGGGGAGCUUGCAGUCGUCCAGCAAUCUUAUUGGUGGUGCUGAAGAGGAAGAGGCGGAACAGAUCUCUGUUCAGAAGGAUCCUCUGGAGGGUCAGUGUUCCUCUGCUGGAGGGAGUGUAACCCAAGGAGGAGAGGGACAAGGUUCGGCUGGGAAGAGGACGGAACAGCAGAUCAAUUCUAAGGUGAAUAGGGAGGAGGACUUGGUUCGGCUGGGGAAGGCGUUAGGUGAGUGUUAUGUGAGGAAGUUCAAGGAGAGAAGGAUGCUGUUCGAGGCCUUCCAGCAGGUCAAAACUGCUGAGACAAAACCUCCUCCUCUCCGUCCAAAAAAGAUGCUCUCCACCUCCAUCUCGGCAUUCUCCUUAUCCUCAGUGUCUAAGAGGCAGGUCCCGGAAGAGCGGAUCCGUCCCUCUGUCUCUGUGAUGGAACGUGCUCGCAGUCUGGAGCAGCUCAGCCAGGCCCAGGAGUUGAGCGUGCCCUGGCACAGAGACAGUGGAUGGGGCAACCUGGCCGAGUCGGACGAGCGAGACAGGAUCAUCGUCGAAGGGGACGUCACGUUGGUUCACCGCAGGAGGUCUCUUCGUCCCACUCACAGCUCUGAAUCACUUUUUGGCCACAAAGUGGACGAGAAGCAGGAAGAAGGGGUGGGUGAGGAUGAGGAGGAUGAGGACGAAAGCUCUGUCCUGCACAGGCAGAAUCCCUUCUUUAAGCUGCGACCCUCACUGGCACUAAGGCCCGAUGUGGCCAGGGACAUCCGAGAUGCUCGAGAGAGGGAGAAAGAGCUACGGAAGCUCAGGAGGGGUCUCUAUGGAAGCUGGAAGGGUCGACGGCAUAGCCGAGUCUCAGGAACCACAACAACCAGCCAAGCAGACUUAGGAAGUAUGGAGGAAGAUUAUCAGUCCAGAGGUAAACUGGACCUUGUGUGGCCACCUCCCUCCCCAGACGAGAAGGUUCCACAGACAGGGGACACACAGGAGCAGAAACCUCUGAUCCCACCAAGUCAAAAAGCUCUGCUUUGGCAGCGCUGGGAGACCGGCACGGUGAACGGACACGUGAAGGGAGAGGACUGACACGUACUCCAUGUGUCCUCAAGGACGCUGACCCCACCCCACAUCACCCCAAAGAACUCACCUGACUCUCAGAACCACCAAGGAGACGUGGAUCAGGACUGACUGCUGUGGGGAUGCAAAGGAUGGUUCCUGGAUCAGACAUGAGGAUGAAGCAAAGAGAAAGUGCUAGAUCAGCUGUACGGAGGGAAUUAAAUGUUUGGCAGCAGGUCUCACAAGCAUUACCUCAUGAGAUACAAUCAGAAUUGAACGCACAAACUCCCAAGUGAUAGGGAUCUGAUGAAGCCUGAACUGUGACAGAGCUCUGAUGUCUUUCCUGUGUAGGAUUACAAUCAGUUAGGCAAGUUACACUUGGUUUAGCCUCAUUACAGUAAGAGAGUAAAAAUACUGGUUACAUGUUCCCACUCAAGUGUUAAUGUGAUAGUGCUGUUACACAAUCAUCACAUGCUGUAUCGGUAUGAAACAAGAUAUCAUUUAUAGUCCCAGACAAGUCUUACAUCAGUGCUACUGUGAUAGCAGUGUUGUUUGUUACACGUGAUUAUUUGUUGUAUCUGUAAAGUGUUGUGAUAAAACAAGGCAAAUAUGAACACACACAUUCACAUAUCAACUCACAAAUCAAAACUCACUCUUGCACUUUCUUGCACUUGUAUCUUAACUGCUCUGUAUUAGUCCAGGCAAAGUAAGUCAUUUUGGAGCCAAAAAUAGAACUAAUUGUAAAAUAAUUUUUUUCAGCA